UUUUCCAGCCCAGUUCAAACUUCCUGUUGGCUCGCUCCUCCCUCCCCCCGGCUCUGACCUCUCCUCCCCCGCCCCAGCCCAGCUUCCAUCUCUGAGCUCACUCUCGACGUUGACGUUCGCGUUGACUGGCCAGAGUCCGCGAGCCGAGCUCCUCGAUUCUCCGACCACCUUGACCUCUCCCUGUUGACUCUCCUCUUCCUCUACGUCCCUCCCAGGGGUUCCUCAACUUUACAUCACUUCCUGGUUUUGAUUCUGCCGCAACCCGUGAUUGGCCAUGGCCUACCACAGCUUCCUGCUGGAACCAAUUAGCUGCCAUGCCUGGAACAAAGAUGGAAGCCAGGUGGCCAUCUGCCCAAACAACCAUGAGGUCCACAUCUAUAAGAAGGAUGGGACCAAGUGGAGCAGGAUCCAUGAGCUGAAGGAGCACAAUGGGCAGGUGACAGGCAUCGACUGGGCUCCAGAGAGUAACCGCAUAGUGACCUGCGGGGCGGACCGUAAUGCCUAUGUGUGGACCCUGAAGGAAGGCGCGUGGAAGCCCACCCUGGUCAUCCUGCGCAUCAACCGUGCAGCACGUUGCGUCAAGUGGUCGCCGCGGGAGAACAAGUUUGCUGUGGGCAGCGGCUCGCGUCUCAUCUCCAUCUGCUACUUUGAGCAGGAGAAUGACUGGUGGGUAUGCAAGCACAUAAAGAAGCCGAUACGCUCCACCAUCCUGAGUCUGGACUGGCAUCCCAACAAUGUGCUGCUGGCUGCCGGGUCAUGUGACUUCAAAUGUCGGGUGUUCUCGGCCUACAUCAAGGAAGUGGAGGAGAAGCCGAGUCCCACCCCCUGGGGCAGCAAAAUGCCCUUCGGAGAGAUGCUGUUUGAGUCCGGCGGGUCCGCCGCCGAGGUUGAGAGUGCAGUGGGGGGCGGCGGCUGGGUGCACAGCGUCUGCUUCUCCCACUCGGGCAACCGCCUGGCCUGGACGUCACAUGACUCUACCGUAUCGGUCGCCGAGGGUGGAAAGACUAACAUCGUGAGCAGUCUGAGGUCCGACACACUUCCUCUGCUGUGCGUCACCUUCAUCACUGAGAACAGCCUCGUGGCCGCUGGUCACGACUGCUGCCCCAUGCUCUUUGUGCUGGACACCGCCAAAGGAGGUUUGACUUUCGGCGGCAAAAUGGAUGUUCCCAAGCAGGCGGCCCAGAAGGGCAUCAGCGCCAGGGAACGCUUCCAGAACCUGGACCGGCGGGCUUCUGAGACACAAAGCACAGACAAGGACCUGAACACCCUGCACAAGAACAGCAUCAGCUAUAUGUCAGUGCUGCAAGGAGGACGGAACCAGUGCACCAAGUUCUGCACCACAGGCAUGGAUGGAGGCAUGUGCAUCUGGGACGUCAAGACUCUGGAGUCCGCCAUGAAGAACCUGAAGAUCAUCUAAAAGAAAAAAAGAAGUGUCUUUCGGAGAAUAUGAAGACAAGCGCUCCCUUAUUACACAAAGCUUCUCUUGCCGUAUGUUAAUCAGGUAUUAUUUUUUUUAUAUGCAGGUCAAACCAAGCGGACCGCAUGUCUGCCAACGGUACUCGAUGUUAUGGGCUCAGACCGGGUCCACCGCUUUUAAAGCAGUAUUUGAUAUUAUAAUGAGGAUGAUGAUGAUGACGAUGGUGAUAACCAUGCUGAGAGGACGCUGUCCUUCUCCUUAGUAGCUUAUGCUGGUCAUAAUAUGCAUUUCAUCAAUAAAAUGAUUACUUUACAGCGGCCUGCUUGGCCCAA